UCAGGAGAGGUCAUGACUCAAGACUCAGAGUCAGAAUGAUACUGUAUGUGUGUGUGAGUGUGUGUGUGUGUGUGUGAGAGUGUGUUCUAAUGAGAAUCACUGUACCCAAAGGAUGUGAUUAAGAUGAAAACAACAAACACACUUGAGUAAUAAGGAGAGUGUGUGAUGAGCAGGACAGAGUGUGUGUUGAUCAGAGUGUGUGUUGAGCAGAACUUGUGUGUUGAUCAGAGUGUGUGUUGAGCAGGACGUGUGUUGAUCAGAGUGUGUGUUGAGCAGGACGUGUGUGUUGAGCAGGACGUGUGUGUUCUGAGCUUCUCUCUUGUCAUGGCUGUGGAUUUUAGUGGAACGUGGCAGAUGUACGAGCAGGGAGACCCUGAGGAGUUUCUCAAAUCUGUGUCUGUACCAAGCGUAAUGGGAAAGAUGAUGAGGGAAGUGAAGCCCUUAAUGAUUAUAAAACAAACUGGUGAUGACUUCGUGGUCUCCGUUAAAACGCCGUUGCGCACAAACACCAACUCCUUCACCAUUGGGAAAGAGAAUGAAUUCACAACCAUGACGGGAGAAAAGACCCGGGCUACAGCAAAAAUGGUUGAUGGGAAAAUUAUCAUAGAGACAGAGAAAGUCACCCACAUGCGUGAGAUCCAGGGACAGGAAAUGGUUGAGACCCUCAGAUCUGGCUCUGUAACCCUGGUCAGAAGAUACAGGAGGACCUGAAGCACACAUAGGCUGAAUAAUUAUCAUAAAAAUGAUAAUAGUACAAAAAAAUAUUUAUUUUUAAGAAUAAAAUAAUUCUGUACUUGUUACUGUAAAUGUUAUUAAAUGUUAGUAAAUGUUAGUUAUACACACACAUGUUUAUUCAUCUUUAUAAACCUAGUUAUCUGGGAACAAGUGAAUAAAUAAUAAAGUAUUCAAAAUGA